CACGCGGGGAAGCCAGUGUUUGCGUGAAGAUGGCGGUUAGAGCGCUGAAUACAACACCCGAAUAAACACCAUCACGCCGAUCCUUCACCUCUUUGGAACAGAUAACACAUCUGUGCUGAACCCUUAUUCUCUACGGUCCGACAGAGAGUGGAAGCAUGGAGGGUGAUAAACCAUCCCUUGCGCUGGUCUACCAGGCCGUGCAGGCUCUGUAUCAUGACCCAGACCCCAGCGGGAAAGAGCGAGCCUCUGUGUGGCUCGGGGAGCUGCAGAGAUCGAUGCACGCCUGGGAGAUCUCUGACCAGCUCCUGCAGCUGAAGCAGGAUGUAGAGUCGUGCUACUUCGCAGCCCAGACCAUGAAGGUGAAGAUCCAGACCUCAUUCUACGAGCUUCCUGCUGACUCCCACGUCGCCUUGCGAGACUCACUGCUCUCUCACAUUGAGAACCUCAAAGACCUUUCCCCCAUCAUCGUUACACAGCUUGCUCUCGCAAUAGCAGACCUUGCCCUGCAGAUGGCCUCCUGGAAGGGCUGUGUCCACACGCUCAUCGAAAAGUACAGCAGUGAGGUGUCGUCCAUGCCCUUCCUGAUCGAGAUCCUGACGGUGCUGCCGGAGGAGGUGCACAGCCGUCUGCUGCGCAUCGGAGCCAACCGGCGCACGGAGAUCAUCGAGGACCUGGCCUACUACUCCAGCACCGUCGUCGCGCUGCUGUUGUCGUGUGUGGAGAAGACGGGCAGCAACGAGAAGAUGCUGAUCAAAGUGUUCCGCUGCCUGGGCAGCUGGUUCAACCUGGGAGUGCUGGACAGUAACUUCAUGGCCAACAACCAGCUGCUCAUCGUCCUGUUCCAGGUGCUGCAGCGGGACGAGACGUCCACGAACCUGCACGAGGCGGCGUCGGACUGCGUGUGCUCGGCGCUCUACGCCAUCGAGAACGUGGACACCAACAUGCCGCUGGCGCUGCAGCUCUUCCAGGGCGUGCUGACGCUGGAGACCGCCUACCACAUGGCCGUCGCCCGGGAGGACCUGGACAAGGUGCUGAAUUACUGCCGCAUUUUCACGGAGCUGUGCGAGACCUUCCUGGAGACGAUUGUGCGCAGUCCCGGGCAGGGCAUGGGUGACCUGCGCACCCUGGAGCUGCUGCUCAUCUGUGCAGGACACGCCCAGUAUGAGGUGGUGGAGAUCUCCUUUAACUUCUGGUACCGGCUGGGGGAGCACCUGUACAAGACCAAUGACCCGGUUCUGCACAGCAUCUUCAGGCCCUACAUACAGAGACUGCUGCACGGGCUGGCCCGGCACUGCCAGCUCGACCCUGACCACGAAGGAAUACCUGAGGAUACAGAUGAUUUUGGAGAGUUUCGGAUGAGAGUCUCGGAUCUAGUGAAGGAUGUCAUUUUCCUCGUAGGCUCCAUGGAGUGUUUCUCCCAGCUGUACUCCACCCUGAAGGAGGGCAAUCCGCCCUGGGAGGUGACGGAAGCUGUGCUGUUCAUCAUGGCCUCCAUCGCCAAGAGUGUGGACCCGGAGAAUAACUCCACGCUGACGGAGGUGCUGGAGCAAGUGGUGCUGCUGCCGCAGACGGUGCACGUGGCCGUGCGCUAUACGAGCAUCGAGCUGGUGGGGGAGAUGAGCGAGGUGGUGGACCGCAACCCGCGCUUCUUGGACCCCGUGCUGAACUACCUGAUGAAGGGUUUGAGGGAGAAGCCCCUGGCGUCGGUGGCUGCCAAGGCGAUCCACAACAUCUGCUCUGUGUGCCGGGACCACAUGGCGCAGCACUUCCAGGGCCUGCUGGACAUCGCCCGCGCCCUCGACUCCUUCGCCCUUUCCUCCGACGCCGCCAUCGGCCUCCUCAAAGGUACGGCGUUAGUCUUAGCCCGACUCCCUCUGGAGAAAAUCGCUGAAUGUCUCAGUGACCUGUGUGCAGUGCAGGUCAUCGCCCUCAAGAAGCUUCUCUCUCAGGAGCCCAGUAAUGGUAAAUCCUCUGACCCCACAGUGUGGCUGGAUAGGCUAGCAGUCAUCUUCAGACACACGAACCCUAUCGUAGAGAACGGCCAGACGCAUCCGUGUCAGAAGGUCAUUCAGGAAAUCUGGCCCGUGCUGUCGGAGACGCUGAAUAAGCACCAGGCUGAUAACCGUAUCGUGGAGCGCUGCUGCCGCUGUCUGAGAUUCGCCGUGCGCUGCGUGGGAAAGGGCUCCGCCUCUCUGCUGCAGCCGCUCGUCACACAGAUGGUCGGUGUGUACCAGGUGUACCCCCACUCCUGCUUCCUGUACCUGGGCAGCAUCCUGGUGGACGAGUACGGCAUGGAGGAGGGCUGCCGGCAGGGGCUGCUGGACAUGCUGCAGGCCCUGUGUAUGCCCACGUUUCAGCUCCUGGAACAGCCUAAUGGCCUUCGCAAUCACCCUGACACUGUGGACGACCUCUUCCGACUGGCCACAAGAUUUAUCCAGCGGAGCCCCGUCACCCUGCUGAGCAGCCAGAUCAUCGUGCACAUCAUCCAGUGCGCCAUUGCUGCCACCACGCUGGACCACCGGGACGCCAACUGCAGCGUCAUGAAGUUCGUGCGGGAUCUCAUCCACACGGGCGUGGCCAAUGAUCACGAGGAUGACUUUGAGUUGCGGAAGCAGCUGAUUGGCCAGGCCAUGGGGCAGCACGGGCAGCAGCUGGUGACUCAGCUGGUGCACACGUGCUGCUUCUGCCUGCCUCCGUACACUCUUCCUGAUGUGGCCGAGGUCAUCUGGGAGAUCAUGCUGUUCGACCGGCCGACGUUUUGCCGCUGGCUGGAGACUGCACUGAAAGGGCUUCCUAAGGAGACUGCUGGAGGGGCGGUGACCGUCACCCACAAACAACUGACCGACUUCCACAAGCAGGUCACCAGUGCUGAGGAGUGUAAACAGGUGUGCUGGGCAAUAAGAGAGUUCACGAGGCUGUUCCGAUAGCUGUGUCUGCGCGCUCUGCCACAAGACCAGGACUAUCUUUUGUUUGCAACAUUGAAAGGCGCAUUCUGGAACGAGAUGACUGCAAAGGAAAAAGGGAAGUCCCUCAUGAAGGCCGGGUGGGACGCAGCCCUCUGUGGAAAGCCAAUCGGACGCCUGGCGGCAUCGGAGAGCUGAGAUGCAGCAGGGAGCAGCGAGGCGCUGUGGAGCGGGCCCUCGGCCUGGUGCUGUGAAACCGAAGGCUGAGGCUUUCCUGGAGGACUGUGCUCUAAAGAACAUUCGCCGAUUUGAAGAUAUGCAUUCGCUUAGCGUCGGUUGGAUUUCUACAAAUUAAGGAUCCGUCGUGAACAAAACAAAACCACAAAACAGAGAUGUGCCUGGUAGAAUCAAAGACUUGUGUAUGUUUUUAAAAUGAAAGAGAGUUUAUUUUCAUGGACUGUCUAAAGAACGACCAAACAUGGUUUGCUGUCUGUGCCAUUUAAAAAGCAAGUCCACGAUACCAACCAUGAGAGAGUGUGCCCGUGGGAUUGGAAAUUGGGAGAAGGGGAUGCUGGGAGUUCCAGCAGCACCUUUAACCUUUUUAAACAUUGGCUGGAGUUUUCCCGUUACUCGAUUGCCAGGCUCAGCUGUGACAUGGUCGAGUGGACUCUAGAAAGUUUUUUUUUUUUUUUUCUUCCUCCUCUGGCAGUGUAUCCUGGGAAGAAAAGAAGACCAUCAUGGCCUGGGUGGGCUGCCGUUAGACUGAGGAGGUGUGCUAACAUACUGCUCCAUCUGGUGUUGCAGCCAUCUCGUCAACAAUAAAAUUAAAGUGAGGACAAGCGUGUGUGUGAGUGUGGUGUUUUAGCUCCAGGCUCACUGUGAACAACAGGGAACCAGUCUGACAGGUGUCUCCCCUCACACAGCU